AUGGCGGACAAAGGACUUGAGGAGGUCCCAGAAGGCCAAAUCGAGUCAAACUACGAUGAAGUCACCGACUCCUUCGAUGCGAUGAACUUGAAGCCGGAACUUCUCCGAGGUGUUUAUGCCUACGGUUUUGAACGACCAUCUGCUAUCCAGCAGCGCGCUAUCAUGCCCGUCAUUAAAGGAUCUGAUGUGAUCGCGCAGGCACAGUCUGGUACCGGGAAAACCGCCACAUUCUCGAUUUCUUGCCUCCAAAAGAUCGACCCGAACCUCAAGGCCUGCCAGGCUCUCAUCCUCGCGCCGACCCGGGAAUUGGCUCAGCAAAUUCAGAAAGUCGUUGUUGCCAUCGGCGACUUCAUGAAUGUCGAAUGCCAUGCCUGUAUUGGUGGUACCAAUGUCCGUGAAGAUAUGAAGGCUCUCCAAGACGGCCCCCAAGUCGUCGUUGGAACGCCGGGACGAGUCCAAGAUAUGAUCCAGCGCCGAGUCCUCAAGACCGACAACAUGAAGAUGUUCAUCUUGGACGAGGCUGAUGAGAUGCUUUCUCGCGGUUUCACCGAGCAAAUCUACGACAUCUUCCAGCUCCUCCCACAAUCAACCCAAGUUGUCCUCCUUUCCGCCACCAUGCCACAAGAUGUCCUCGAGGUCACUACCAAGUUCAUGCGUGACCCCGUCCGCAUCCUCGUCAAGAAGGCCGAAUUGACUCUUGAAGGUAUCAAGCAAUUCUACAUUGCUGUGGAGAAGGAGGAAUGGAAACUCGACACCCUUUCUGAUCUCUAUGAGACCGUCACCAUCACCCAAGCUGUCAUCUUCUGCAAUACCCGAAGAAAGGUCGACUGGCUCACCGACAAGCUUACGGCUCGUGAUUUCACGGUCUCGGCCAUGCACGGCGAUAUGGAGCAGGCCCAGCGAGAUGUCAUCAUGAAGGAAUUCCGAUCCGGAUCUUCUCGUGUGCUCAUUGCCACCGAUCUCUUGGCUCGUGGUAUCGAUGUUCAGCAAGUCUCACUAGUCAUCAAUUACGAUCUCCCGGCAAACCGUGAGAACUACAUUCACCGUAUUGGUCGUGGCGGUCGUUUCGGUCGAAAGGGGGUUGCCAUUAACUUCGUCACUGCCGAUGACGUCCGCAUGAUGAGAGAGAUCGAACAGUUCUACAGCACCCAAAUCGAGGAGAUGCCAAUGAACGUUGCUGGUAAGCCUCAUCUUCUAUUCCCUUUAAACCCCCAUGCUAACCAAAUUCCAGACCUCAUCUAA